AUGGCUGCUGCUCGCGAGGAUCAGCGGAGUUCGAUGGAUAUCGAUUCUCCCAAGGAGACCAACGGCGUCAAUGGCAACAAGAGUCCCACCCCGCCGCCUCAUCGCUCCAGUACGUCCGCUGCCGAAGCCGAUUCUUUCAAGUUGGCUGGCAACAAGUUCUUCAAGGAUGGCAACUAUGCCAGGGCUAUUGAAGAAUUCAACAAGGCCAUCGAAAUCAACCCCAACUCCUCUGUCUACCUCUCCAACCGUGCUGCCGCCAACCUCUCGGCCCACCGUUACCUCGAUGCCUUGGAAGAUGCUGAGCGCGCAAAUGAACUCGACCCUAACAACCCCAAGAUCCUCUACCGUUUGGCCCGUAUCCUGACCAACCUGGGUCGUCCGACCGAGGCGCUCGACGUUUUGUCGCGUGUCCAACCUCCUGCCUCCGCCACCGACCGGGCUGCCCCCGAGAAGAUGCUCCGUUUCAUCACCCAAGCGGAAGAGACCCUCUCCCAGGACCGUGGUGUUUCCAUGGUGCUGUUCUGUCUUGACCAGGCACGGCAACUUCUGGGCCGGGGCGUCAAGGAACCCCGCAAGUGGACGCUGCUCACUGCGGAAGCUCAACUCAAAUUGGCCAACGACAACUCGUUUGGCAAGGCGCAGGAUAUCGCCAUCAACAUGCUCCGUGAGAACAGCCAGGACCCUGAUGCCCUUCUGAUUCGCGCCCGGGCUUUCUACGGUCUGGGUGAAACCGACCAGGCGCUGAAGCUGUUGAAGAUGUGCCUGGGUCUGGAUCCCGAUAUGAAGCAGGCGAUUCGUCUCCUGCGGAUGGUGCAGAAGCUGUCGCGCACCAAGGAGCAAGGAAACGCUGCAUUCAAGGCCAGGGACUACAAGCAAGCCAUUGACCUCUAUGGAGAGGCUUUGACGGUCGACCCCAAGAACAAGGACUUGAACUCGAAGAUCCUGCAGAAUCGGGCACAGGCCUACAUCAACCUCAAGGACUACGCCAGCGCUGUCAAUGACUGCACCGAGGCCUUGCGCCUUGACCCAUCGUACCUCAAGGCUCAGAAGAUGCGUGCCAAGGCCCACGGCGGUGCCGGAAACUGGGAAGAGGCAGUGCGCGACUACAAGGCUGUUGCUGAGAGCAACCCGACCGAGAAGGGUAUCCAAGAGGAGAUCCGCAAGGCCGAGUUUGAGCUCAAGAAGGCGUCGCGUAAGGAUUACUACAAGAUCCUCGAGGUGUCCAAGGAAGCCUCCGACCAGGAAAUCAAGAAGGCCUAUCGCAAGAUGGCUAUCAAGUACCAUCCUGACAAGAACCGCGAUGGAGAGGCUGGUGAUGAGAAGUUCAAGGAGGUUGGUGAGGCUUACGAGACUUUGAUCGACCCUCAGAAACGUGCUGCUUACGAUAACGGAGACGACCUCAUGGACCCAGCUGACAUGUUCGGCGGUGGUGGUUUCGGAGGCGGUGGCUUCGGAGGCAUGGGUGGCAUGGGAGGUAUGGGUGGUAUGGGCGGAAUGGGAGGCAUGGGCGGUACACACAUCAACAUCGACCCGAACAUCCUGUUCAACAUGAUGAACGGAGGCGGCGGUGGCGGCGGCUUCUCUGGCGGCUCGUUCGGAGGAGGAGGGGGUCAGCGUGGCGGAUUCCCCGGCGGGUUCCCAUUCUAA